AUGGCACCGACACUCUUGCCAAAGGUGUCCAUGGGAUCAUCAGAAUUUUCGAGAAUACCUUUGUCAGAAAGGCGAAAAUAUCAUAAAUUAGGGACGUUAUCUUGUAUGUCUCUAAUUGUAAAUAAAAUGAUAGGAACGGGGAUUUUUCUGACGCCAGCUAUAAUAUUUCAAUAUUGUCAGGGAAAUGUUGGAUUGUAUUUAUUCUUGUGGUUAGUCGGAGGAAUAAUUAUUUUCAGUGGAUUAGUGAUAUGCUUGGAAUUUGCAUUAAACUUACCAUUCACGAACGGGGGUGAAAAGAAUUAUUUAUUAAGGGUAUUUCGUAAACCUAAGGGUCUAAUGGGUUGUAUUUAUUCAUUUCAAAUGGUGAUAUUAGGUUUCAGUUCCGGUAAUGCGUUCGCUUUUGGAAAAUAUGUAUUAUUUGCCGUAAAUGGAGAGGAAAUUAAAGAAGACGAGUGGAGUGUUAAGAUUAUUGGAGUCUUAUGUAUCAGUUUUUGUGUUUUCUUACAUAUAAAGUUUCCAAACCAAGGUACUUCAUUAUUCAAUUUAUUAGGAGUAUUCAAGAUAUUCAUAUUGAUCUUGAUUAUUGCAAUUGGGUUACUUGUCUCGAUUGAUUUAAUACAGUUACCUGACACUGUUAAUAAUUUUUCAAAUUUGUUCGAAGCUACGACCAAGAAAGAUAAUAAUUAUUACUCUAUAUCAGUAGCUCUAUUAGAAAUUAUCUAUUCUUUUAAGGGAUGGGAAAAUGCUAAUUAUGUUUUACUGGAAGUCGCUGAUCCCUACCAUGUUCUUACGAUCGCUGCCCCAUCUGCGGUUGUUAUAACGACAAUAUUAUACUUUUUGGUUAUUAUAUCCUAUCUUAUUGUGAUUCCUAAAGAAGAACUAUUGGAUAGUGGAGUGUUGGUAGCAGGAAUAUUCUUUAAUAAGAUAUUUGGCGAAAGCAUCACAUCAAGAAUUUUACCUAUUUUAAUCUCUUCUUCAAAUCUAGGAAAUGUAAUGGUAGUUUCAUUUGCUCAUGCUCAUGUUAAUCAAGAGCUUGCAAGAAACAAUUACUUACCAUUUUCGAAAUAUUUUGAAGAUAUAAAUCAUUCAUUGUUAUUGCAUUGGUUCGUUACUGUCGUAAUUAUGAUUGCACCUCCUUCUUCAGAAAUAUAUGAAUUUGUUGUUAAUCUAUACAUUUACCCUGGUACUUGGAUUAACUUGCUAAUAACAAUUGGGUUGAUAUACUUGCACAUGAAUAGUAGAGGUGAGAAAUGGGGGAAAUACAAUAGAAGGAACGAAUUAGAAAGCAAUUCAACUAAUAGCAGCAUAUAUGAUGAUAGCGAUAAUUUAAUACUCCAAUUAAAUGACGACAGUUACACAGAAUUUGAUUCCUUAAUUUCGAUGGAGAAUGAUAAUGAUACAUCUAAGUUUUCGGCUCCUAUUAUAUGUAUUGUCAUAUUUUUACUCUCAAACAUAUUUUUGGCGGUAUUCCCGUUUAUACCACCGCCAUCUGAUUCGUCAUUAUCUCAACUGAUAAUACCGUACUGGUGCUUUCCUGUUGUCGGUACGUCUGUAUUAUUACUAGGUGUGACUUGGUUUUACUUUAGAAGGUGGCUUUAUACUUGGAAAUAUGACAAAUAUGGAAUUGGUGAAUCUAAAGUGAAAUAUGAAGAUGAAUAUUCUACAAGUUAA